UGGCUUGACUGCCUAUCGGUUGUAUGUUUACAGUUACUUGCUGAUGAGGUAGUGCUGGUCGCACCUUUUUGCAUCGUCAUUUAGCGUUAUUUUAAAUCACACUGUAGCUGGAUAACGUGGGGGCCUCGGAAGAUAAGGUGUCACAUCGUUAAGGAAAACGCAUUUGGAGAGAGGGCGAGAGCGAUCUUCGGCACGCAGGCAUGGCAGCAGCGACGGUGGUGGCGGAGGCUGAUCCAUCGGGUGCCGAGGGCGCUGCCGCCUUCGCCGCGCUCCACUGCUCGGGAUGGAGCGAGUCUCAGCUCCGCAAGUACUCUUUCCAAACCCGGCCUAUACCGAGACUGUCUCACACCGACCCCAGAGCGGAGAUGCUAAUAGACAAUGAGGAGCCAGUGGUUUUAACAGACACCAACCUGGUGUACCCAGCUCUCAAGUGGGACAUAAACUACCUGCAGGAGAACAUAGGAAGUGGUGAUUUCUCUGUCUACAUCGCCCAGAACCACAAGUUCCUGUACUAUGAUGAGAAGAAAAUGGCCAACUUCGAGAACUUCGUUCCCAAGUCCAGACGCAUAGAGAUGAAGUUUUCGGAGUUUGUGGACAAAAUGAAGAAAACAGAGGAGUUGGGCGGAGAGGAAAGGGUGUACCUGCAGCAAACACUGAAUGACACAGUUGGGAGGAAGAUUGUUGUGGAUUUCCUUGGCUUCAACUGGAACUGGAUCAACAAGCAACAAGCCAAACGCAAUUGGGGACAGCUAACAUCCAACCUGCUACUUAUAGGCAUGGAAGGGAAUGUGACUCCGGCCCAUUAUGAUGAACAGCAGAACUUCUUUGCACAAAUCAAAGGACACAAGAGGUGCAUCCUGUUUCCUCCAGAUCAGUUUGAGUGCCUCUACCCCUUCCCUGUGCACCACCCAUGUGACAGGCAAAGCCAGGUUGAUUUUGAAAACCCAGACUAUGAGAAGUUUCCGAAUUUCAAAAAUGUUGUUGGAUAUGAGACGGUCGUAGGCCCUGGAGAUGUGCUGUACAUCCCAAUGUACUGGUGGCAUCACAUUGAGUCCUUGCUAAAUGGGGGAGUGACUAUCACUGUUAACUUCUGGUAUAAGGGGGCUCCCACUCCAAAGAGGAUCGAGUACCCACUGAAAGCGCACCAGAAGGUAGCCAUCAUGAGGAACAUAGAGAAGAUGCUGGGAGAAGCUUUGGGGGACCCACAUGAGGUUGGGCCUCUGCUGAAUAUGAUGAUGAAGGGCCGUUACAAUCAAGGCCUCAGUUAGGGCCCCGGGGAAGAGGAAGCUCUGUGUGUGUGUGUGUGUGUGUGUGUGCGCGUGUGUGUGUGUGCGCGUGUGUAAGUGC